UUUAACUUAAGCCACAGCAACUCGAUUAUUUAGUAGCUCGCAGCAAACAGAAGUAAACGGUACAAAAUGAACUUCAAAAUUAUUUUGACUGUCCUCGCACUUGUGACUCUUUCCACAUUGACCCUUUCCGUUCGCAUUGGUCCCCACAAAGAAAAGUGUGACGCUCCUCCUUCUGUCACCGGGAUGUGCAGGGCCGCUUUUCCCGCCUGGACCUACAAGGGCGGACAAUGUGUUAGCUUUACCUAUGGAGGGUGCGAUAAGACUCUAAACUAUUUUAAUUCACGUAGGGAAUGCAUAGUAGCUUGUAUAAAUUACAUCCUUAAUUAAUGGUACUUUUAAUAAGAUGGUUAUUUGGAUAACCAACUGAUGCCCUCUGUGGAAGGCCAUCUAUUGUACUCCACAAAAUAAAAAA